AUGGAAACUUCUAAUAGGGUGAUCCGUCAUUUUCUUGAUAAGAAAGAUCAUUUUUUACGUGUCAAAUUUGUAGAUGAGGCUUUGAGUAAAGUUAGUUGUUCACCUAAUGGUGUUACUAAUGAUACUCCUAACCUUGCUUUAUAUAAUAGAGUUUAUUAUACUUUAUGUCAUGGUAUCACUAUUGGUGCGAAUUCUUGGCUUUCUCUGAGAGUCAAUUAAGAGAUCAUAGUUGUUGG